UCAAUAAAAUUCUGUAUCAAAUAUAAUAACAAUAACCUCCACGCCCAAACCGCCUCCUCUCUUCUCUAUAAAUACACACAUUUGCUUCUACUUCUUCUCGUUCAAACAUUUCUUCAGCGUUGUAUUACAAUAUUAAAAUAAAAAUUAUAUAUCCUUAUCUUCAACCAAGAAUGGGAGAGAAACAAGAAGGUGCCAUAGUUCAACAAGAGAAUAAGGCAGCCACCGUAGUCUCUACUGAGCCGACCGACAACAAGCCAAAAAGCGGCGGAGGAGAUUCAACUGCAGCCCCUGCUGCCGCGGCUCCCUCCGCCUUUGUUUACAAAGUGGAUAUGCACUGUGAAGGCUGCGCCAAGAAGAUCAAGAGAAUGGUAAAACACAUAGAGGGAGUCAAAGAUGUGGCGGCGGAUAUGGGUGGGAACAAGCUCACGGUGGUCGGGAAGAUUGAUCCGGUGAAACUCCGGGAGAAGUUGGAGGAAAGAAUGAAGAGAAAGGUGGUACUCACCAACCCACCACCACCACCACCGUCCAAAGUAGGCUUACCUGCCGCCACCGCCGCUGGAGAGAAGAAAUCCGACGGUGUAGAUAAGGCGGCUCCUACUCCUCCUCCUCCGGCCGCUCCCAAAGAGAGCUCGGUGGCUUUAAAGAUCAGACUACAUUGUGAGGGAUGUAUUCAGAAAAUCAAGAAAAUAAUAUUGAAAAUCAAAGGGGUCGAGACAGUGGCAUUUGACGCAGCCAAAGACAUGGUAACAGUCAAAGGAACAAUGGAUGUUAAAGAACUUGUACCUCUCCUCACUAAAAAGCUCAAACGAAACGUCGAGCCUGUUCUUCCGGCCAAGAAAGAUGACGGAGCCGCCGAUAAAAAUAAGUCAGAACCCGCUCCUCCCGCCGCAAAGAAAGAAGAACCGGCUGGUGGUGUUACCGAAGCAAAGAAGGAAGGAAGUGAAGCCGGAGAGAAGAAGAAAGAAGGUGGAGACGGAGGAGAUAAGAAGAAAGAGGGUGCAGACGCCGGAGAGAAGAAAAAAGAAGCUGAAACCGUCGGAGAUAAAAAGAAAGAGGUCGGAGACGGUGAGAAGAAGGAAGGUGGCGCGCCGGCGGUGGCUACGGUGAAUAAGAUGGAUUACUAUGGAUACUCGCAUCCGACGGUUCCAAUGUAUUGGCAAGAAGGACACGUGUACGGUCAUACUUAUUCAACAGAGGGUCAGACUUAUCCAAUAGGGGGUCAGAGUUAUCCAGGUUCAGGAUAUAAUUACGCAAGCCAAAGCUACGUGCCUUACUGAUGCAGCGGACGAUAGAGUGAACAGUCGAUCAAAGAACUUUUAGGGUUCCAGAGACCUGUUCUUGGAUCAAUCAAGAGUUUCUUUCGAUAGCGUCUUGAGACCAACUUCCUGUAUUGAUGAAUUUAAUCGAAUCAAUAACAAGGCAACUCAAAGAAGAUGAAUUUAAUCAAAUCUCUUUCAAGGUAUAAAGCAAAAGCUCGUUUAUUAAUUAUCAAAGUCUCAAUACAAUUUUAGGCUUGAAUGCCUAUUUAUAAUAAAUCCUUAAAUCUAGAAAAUCAUAAUCUUAACUAAAAUAGGAAAACCAUUAAAAUAUAGAAAAUACAAAUAAAAGGUAAUUAUCUAAUUCAAUAUAUUUAACAAAAUAAAUAAUAAGAUAUUUGGAAAUUUUCCAAAUACUUAUCUGCAUCAUUCUCUCCGGGUUGGAAAAGAUUCGUCCUCGAAUCUUAAAUCGGUUUUUUGUGGUUGAAAUCUUCAAAUAUGUAUCUUCAAAUCCGAAAUUUGCACAAAGCCUGAUCUUUUGACUUUGCAUGAAAUUCGCACGAAACUCGUCCUGUACGAAUUUUGCACGGAAUUGAUUAUUCUUGAAGUCUUCUGAAUAGACGAGAUUUCGCCCUAUUUUUGCACGGACGAAAUUAUCAUAUUCUUCAUAAACAUCAUAGAUUGGAUCUCCACAAAUCUCUUUGUAGAUCUCAUCAUCUUCAUAAACGUCGUAGAUUGGAUCACCUGAAAUCUCUUUGUUGAUCUCAUGGCCUUCUUCUCUCUCGACAAAGGGACUUUCGUCCUGGAUAGGAUAGAUGUUCGCAAUCACCAUGACAUCCAGAAUCGUCUUCGAUUAAGAAAUCAAAGAGACGAGGCUCUGAUACCAACUGAUGCAGCGGACGAUAGAGUGAACAGUCGAUCAAAGAACUUUUAGGGUUCCAGAGACCUGUUCUUGGAUCAAUCAAGAGUUUCUUUCGAUAGCGUCUUGAGACCAACUUCCUGUAUUGAUGAAUUUAAUCGAAUCAAUAACAAGGCAACUCAAAGAAGAUGAAUUUAAUCAAAUCUCUUUCAAGGUAUAAAGCAAAAGCUCGUUUAUUAAUUAUCAAAGUCUCAAUACAAUUUUAGGCUUGAAUGCCUAUUUAUAAUAAAUCCUUAAAUCUAGAAAAUCAUAAUCUUAACUAAAAUAGGAAAACCAUUAAAAUAUAGAAAAUACAAAUAAAAGGUAAUUAUCUAAUUCAAUAUAUUUAACAAAAUAAAUAAUAAGAUAUUUGGAAAUUUUCCAAAUACUUAUCUGCAUCAUUCUCUCCGGGUUGGAAAAGAUUCGUCCUCGAAUCUUAAAUCGGUUUUUUGUGGUUGAAAUCUUCAAAUAUGUAUCUUCAAAUCCGAAAUUUGCACAAAGCCUGAUCUUUUGACUUUGCAUGAAAUUCGCACGAAACUCGUCCUGUACGAAUUUUGCACGGAAUUGAUUAUUCUUGAAGUCUUCUGAAUAGACGAGAUUUCGCCCUAUUUUUGCACGGACGAAAUUAUCAUAUUCUUCAUAAACAUCAUAGAUUGGAUCUCCACAAAUCUCUUUGUAGAUCUCAUCAUCUUCAUAAACGUCGUAGAUUGGAUCACCUGAAAUCUCUUUGUUGAUCUCAUGGCCUUCUUCUCUCUCGACAAAGGGACUUUCGUCCUGGAUAGGAUAGAUGUUCGCAAUCACCAUGACAUCCAGAAUCGUCUUCGAUUAAGAAAUCAAAGAGACGAGGCUCUGAUACCAACUGAUGCAGCGGACGAUAGAGUGAACAGUCGAUCAAAGAACUUUUAGGGUUCCAGAGACCUGUUCUUGGAUCAAUCAAGAGUUUCUUUCGAUAGCGUCUUGAGACCAACUUCCUGUAUUGAUGAAUUUAAUCGAAUCAAUAACAAGGCAACUCAAAGAAGAUGAAUUUAAUCAAAUCUCUUUCAAGGUAUAAAGCAAAAGCUCGUUUAUUAAUUAUCAAAGUCUCAAUACAAUUUUAGGCUUGAAUGCCUAUUUAUAAUAAAUCCUUAAAUCUAGAAAAUCAUAAUCUUAACUAAAAUAGGAAAACCAUUAAAAUAUAGAAAAUACAAAUAAAAGGUAAUUAUCUAAUUCAAUAUAUUUAACAAAAUAAAUAAUAAGAUAUUUGGAAAUUUUCCAAAUACUUAUCUGCAUCACUUACCCUCAACCAAACAUGAACGCGGCUCCUGGAAUGUUCAGCGAUGAGAACCCGAACGGUUGCUCCGUCAUGUAACCAUGGACCGAAUUGUAAAUAUAUGAAAAGUCGGGACGUAAAAUGUGAAACAUUCGCAAGUGGUAACUUUAGAUAAAACUUAGAAACUGAGAUGGAACCAGCAGGUUCUGACGUGUAAUGUGUAACUUUGUUCCUUUGUUAGUUAGUUCUUUCAAAUAUUUAAAUAAUUAGUUUUUUAAAAUAAAUAAUUAGUUGUUUUACUUUAA